AUGCGGAUCCUCAAGGCGCGCUCAGCGCUUUUGAGCGACUUUGAGGUGCUCAAGGUGCUCAAGGAGAUGGAGUCAGAGCAAAAGGCACAAGUCCACGGUGCAAUCGAACUCAGCGAAGCCGAAGACAUGUCAGAAGAUGCACUUCGCAACGCAUCAACAACCAAGAGCGAUGGUGACGACGAUUCCUGGCUUUCAAAAGUUCCCGAGAACCUGCGCACCAUCCAGUACGAGACCAUCUCAUCUCUCAGCCAGGUGACAAAGCCAUGCGCACACCAAACCGCGGAAAACAUUGUCGCUUUUCUCGAUGAACUCAAAGCUCGCGGUUACUCGAUCCACGAUUCGGAAGCCAAAAGGGGCGGCUUGGGCUUGAAUCGAUCCGAAAGGCUCCAAAUCGUCAAUCAUGCACCACAAAGUGUGGUUGAGCUGCAUACGCUUGUCGAAGAACUGGAGGAGCGAUUCCACCCGCACCAAAUCGAAGAGCUCAUCGCGCUUGUGCAAACAUAUCUGCCCAUCCAUCCUUCCGCUGACGUCAACGCGUACGCCGCAAAAGGUGCACAGGAUGACCCAGCAGCCGUCAACGGCAUAGUCGACGAGUCGUUCGCAGAGGCUCCCGCACAGAUGAGUCAAUUCACAGGCCAGGUGGCUGCAGCGGCCGACUUGGAUGGAACAGAUCAACAGAACCUGUCGAACAGUCGUGAGCCUGACGCAGAGCGACAAGCAGCGGAUCUAGAUUACGAGGAGGAUCCAGACGUCGAGAUGGAUGAAGACGAUUUUGUUCAUGAAGGUGGGGGCGUAAUCGGUGUUGAAGAUGCCGAUGCUGAUGACUGA